AUGGAAGGAGAUCAGCCCCCUCUGACUGCAGAGCUGACAACCCCCUUCUUGAAGAAGGCUCACACCCCACCUCUCCAUGAGGAUGCCAACACCGCGGUCAUCGCAGUUGUCAUCGCCCUGGUGUUCCUCACCCUGCUGACGGUCCUGGUGGUGAUCAUCAUCUACCUGUACAGAAACAAAGGCAGCUACCUCACCUACGAGCAGCCGGCGGCAGAGACCGACGUGUCGGUGCAGAUGGAGGAUGCUCCAUCCAAAGAGAAAGAAGAGUAUUUUAUCUAA